CGACAGUCAGCUACUAAGCUUAGUUCCUCACUCACAGGCUCGCAGCUCUCCGCGUUCCUCCUUUCUUUCAUCCUCUCCUCAUCUGAAUCUAUAACGAAGCCAAACAGUCGCCGGCGGCGAUUGGUGACCGGCGACACUCUUCUAGUAACUGCUGUUGAGGCCGCCGGUGAUGGGAUCAGUUUCCCUUAAGAUUGGUGACGGCACCGCCCGCUUCCGGCGCGCCACCUUGUGCUCAUCUGCUCUCCACCUCGUCAUGCUCGUCUCUGUUCUCACUACCAACCUCUUCGCCCUGUACGCCUUCACCUAUGCACCAAAACCCUCAGCCUACGCUAUUUUCCACAGCGUUAGGAAUCUCUCCGUGAUCUCCGAGCACGUAGCUGCCAUUCUACGCGAGAUCGAUUCCUCCGAGCGCCGUCUACACCAGAUCGAGCGCGAAAUCUCGGGAUACGAUACCCUUGAUCCCUCCCUUCCCGCCUUACCCCCCGAGCUAAAGCUUUUUCUCACUCGCCAUCCUCUCCCACUCGGCCCUGAUUCCCGCUCCAAGAUUACUGAAAUGGUCUCUUCGGUUGCACACUCCUGCGCUCGAUCGUCCGAUAUCCUUUCCCAGUUCAUGUCCUACAAGCCCAACGUUCUUUGCCCUACCGCUGAUUCUCAUCUUCCCCAGAAGCUUAUCUCCCGCGGCUGUGAGCCCCUUCCUCGCCGCCGCUGCCUAUCCCGCACCAAGUCCCGCCAGCUCCUUCCCUUGCCCAAGUCGCUCUGGAAUACCCCUUCAUCUACCGGCGCUGCAGUCGUAGACAAGCAAAUGUGGGUCAAGUCCCGAGGAAAAAAUGAUUUCCUGAUCGACGAAGUAUUGGCUUUGGGUGGCGGAGGCAUCAGAAUCGGCUUCGACAUCGCUGGUAGAGCUGGGAAUUUCGCAGCCAGGAUGGCGGAGAGGAACGUCACUAUAAUAACCUCGACUCUGGACGCCGAAGGGCCUGUUGGUGAGUUUGUGGCUGCUAGGGGACUCUUCCCUCUUCAAUUAUCUCCGGCCAACAGAUUUCCAUUCUAUGAUUCGAUUUUUGAUCUGGUACACACAAUGAAUGGAUUGGACGAGGGUGGCGUGUCCGGCAUGGGGCAGGGGCAAGCGGAGGCGCUAGAGUUCUUGAUGUUUGAUAUAGACAGGAUCUUGAGGGCCGGGGGUUUGUUCUGGCUAGAUAAUUAUGUUUGUGUUAAUGAUGAGAGGAAGAGGAUGGUGACAAGGAUCAUCGAGAGGUUUGAGUACAAGAAGCUGAAGUGGGUGGUGGGUGAGAAGGCCGAUUCCAAGAAGACUCUGGUCUACUUGUCGGCAGUGUUACAGAAACCAGCUCGGGGAUGAAUGCCAAGUAUGAUUCCUAAGCCAUUGCACCUUUUUAUUUAUAUUUUGAUUUCUGAAGAAGCACUUGUGAUUUAUGUGCUAAUGCUUUCUUGGUGGAAAUCUGAUGCAACAUUCUAUUUUCAUCAACCGUGUGGGAAAUAAGGGUAAAUCGUUGAUUGUGUUUAUUUUGUACCAUUAGGUAGACUAAUUGUAGAAUAUAUUAUCUUCUGGGAAAUUUUCAUGUUGUGGUUUCAUACAAUAUUGUUGUACCAUCUUAACUUUCCAAAGGAAGGAAGAACACAAAUAUUUAAUGAAAACUGCAAUCUUUUGAAUAUUUAUCAUUUUGUUGUUUCUC